AAAUUCAAUGAUACAUUUUGAAAAUCAUCUCAAACUUAAAAGGUAAUUAGCCCUAAGUUUUAAUUAGAAUAAUGGGGUAGAGAGAAUUUUCAAAAGGAAAAGGCUACGACAUAUAAACAUCCGGAGGUAACUUUGCAGUUGCCGUGGCGCGAACACCAUUCAUGGGUUUAACACGAUUUGGGCGUCCAAAGGGAGGAAAAGGGCAGUCGAGCCCCAACCUAUACGUGGCCAACUGUGGGCCAGCAGUGGGACUCUCCUACGACACCAUAGCGGCGGUGUUUGCGGCCUUCGGUGAAAUCAAAGGAGUCUACGGGGCUGACGACAGCGGCGCUCGGGUUGUUGUGUCUUUUGCAGAAGAGGGUUGUGCCCAAAACGCCUUGAAUGCAUUGGGCGGUCGGCCUUGCCCUGAGCUUGGAGGGCGCUCCUUGCACAUUCGGUACUCUGUGAUUCAACCCACUUCGCAGGGCCGAGCAAAUGAUUCAGUUCCCGUAUCUUUGUUGGCUUCGGAUUUAAACAUUCCUGGCCUUUACUUGUUUCAUGACUUUGUCACUGCUAAAGAAGAGGAGGAGUUACUUGCAGCAGUUGAUGAAAGGCAUUGGAAUAAUCUUUCGAAAAGAAGGGUUCAGCAUUAUGGCUAUGAAUUUUGUUAUGAAACAAGGAACGUUGAUUCUAGAAAGAACUUAGGUGAACUUCCAAGAUUUGUAUCCCCUAUACUUGAAAAGAUAUCUAUGCUUCCAAACUGCAAGGAUGCUGAAGCUAUUGUUUUGGACCAAUUAACGGUUAAUGAGUACCCAUCUGGGGUGGGUUUGUCCCCACAUAUAGACACCCAUUCUGCUUUUGAGGGAUUAAUUUUCAGCCUUUCAUUAGCAGGACCUUGCAUUAUGGAGUUUAGAAGAUAUCUGGAAGGCGGGUUGCCUCCUAGACCUUCCUCAAGUUCUGAUUUUGAAGUGGAAUGUUCUGAAAAGAAUUCAAAUUUUUUAAGGAGGGCAAUCUAUCUUCCUACACGGUCUAUGCUACUGUUAUCUGGGGAGGCGCGCUAUGCGUGGAAUCAUUACAUUCCACACCAUAAGAUUGACAUGGUGAAUGACAGUGUGAUAAGGCGAGGCUCGAGGAGGGUGUCGUUCACACUUCGUAAGAUUAGAACAAAUCCGUGCCAAUGUGAAUUUCCUGAAUAUUGCGACUCUCAGAGAUUAAAUGGGUACGUUUCUUGAAGGUAACCCUGUGUUGCUAACAGUUGGUCUCUUAGAUCUUCAAGGAAAGAGUUUAGCAAUCGAUGAUCCCGCGUAUGACUUUGUAGGAUGAAAUUCCAGGAUCAGUAAAUGGCAAUCCAUGUAGCAAAAAUCGCUGCUGGUCUUACAAGGAGUAGAAAUCACGAAAAGAGGAAGAGAAACUUAGAUUUCGUUAUCCGAAGCAUUUACAGAUCGGUGUAACAAUUUCUUAUACUUUAGACUUGUCGAAAUUUACCUGAGGAGAAAACAUCAAGGGAAAUAUUUUGGCCAUUUUUUUCUUUCUGAAAAUUUGAAAAUGCUGUCACUUAAAGCAAUUGCUAGAGCAUAAUUGUUGAAUUUCAAAAUGGAAUGAAGUGAUUUGAGUCA